AUGAGCAAUAUUUACAUCCAAGAGCCGCCCACACAUGGGAAGGUUCUGCUCAAGACAACUGCAGGGGACAUUGACAUUGAGCUGUGGUCCAAAGAAGCACCUAAAGCAGCUAGAAACUUUGUGCAGCUUUGUAUGGAAGGCUACUACAAUGGAACAAUGUUCCAUAGAGUUGUUCCAGAAUUUAUCAUCCAGGGAGGAGAUCCCACUGGGACAGGGGAAGGAGGAGAAUCCAUUUAUGGUCAACCUUUCAGGGAUGAAUUUCACUCGCGUCUGCGCUUCAUUCGCAGAGGUCUGGUUGCCAUGGCUAAUGCUGGGCCACAUGAUAACGGAAGUCAGUUUUUCUUUACUCUUGCCCGCGCUGAUGAGCUCAAUAAUAAACAUACCAUAUUUGGGAAGGUAACAGGCGACACCAUUUAUAACAUGCUGAGACUGGCAGAAGUUGAGUGUGAUUGCAAUGAAAGGCCAUUGAAGCCACACAAGAUAAGAAGCACUGAGGUUCUCGCGUCUCCUUUUGAUGAUAUAAUCCCACGGGAAUCAAACAAUUCUAAAUUAGAAAGAAAAGAAGAGGUAAAGAAAUCCCAAUCAAAAGCCACUAAAAACUUCAGUCUGUUAUCAUUUGGCGAGGAAGCGGAGGAAGAGGAAGAAGCAACAAACCAAGUAACUCAGUCUUUUAAAGGAAAAAGUAAAAGUAGCCAUGACCUUCUGAAAGAUGAUCCCAAACUGAGCUCUGUCCCAGCAGUGGAAGGUACAAGUCUGACUCCAGAGCAAGAAGAAAGGAUGAAGGAGAUUGCCAAUAAACUGAAGAAGGACGCGAGUGCGGAAAAAACUACAGGCAAAGAGGAGCAAGGGGAAAAGUCAAGUAAAAGGGACGAAUUGCGGAAAGAGGUGCGGCAACUGAGAAAAGAGAUUCUUGCCAUUAAACAUAGGAAAGAUGAAGCUUCCAAACCUGCUCCAGAAGAAACCAAAACUGAGCAAAAACCAGUAAGUGAUGCUGUGGCUGAAUAUCUUGAUGGACGAAAGAAGUAUGAGGAGAUUCGAAAACAGAAAAAGAAAAAAGGAUCGGGCAGAGAAGAACAGACUCUUGCUCUUCUCGAGUCGUUUAAGUCCAAACUGUCUUCUGCCAUCACUGACGACCCCGAGGAGGACGUGGACCAGUUAGCGGAGGAUGAUGACACCGGAUGGUUGGGCCAUGUUCUGCAGUUUGACGAGCAAAGCAGAAAAGUGAAGGACGCCAACAUGCAGGACGAGGACACGUUCGAGAUCUACGACCCACGCAACCCUGUCAAUAAACGCAGAAGAGAGGAGAGUAAGAGAAUCCUAAAGGAGAAGAAGGCCAAGAGGUGA